AUGGCAAUAACAACCUCUCUUCCAAAACGAAUCAGCAUCUGCAACAUAUAUCUACCAAACAGUCAACCACUUGAACUCCAAGAUCUAGAAGAACUGAUCGAACUUCCUCCUCCACUUAUAUUGACAGGUGACUUCAACAGCCACCACUACCUAUGGGACUCACCCAAAACAGACACACGUGGAAAAAAAAUAGCAAAACUUUUGGAGAACCCAAAUCUAAUACUCCUUAACACUAGUAAACAGACGCACCUUAAUGUAAGUAAUGGAACAUUUAGCGCAAUAGAUUUAAGUCUGUGUAGCAGUAGUUUGGCACAAUUCAUGGAAUGGGACGUACUAAAUAAUCUGCAUGAUAGUGACCACUUCCCUAUUAAAAUAACCUACGAAGAUGGCACGACCCAGUUACAGAAUUACCACCUUCCAAAAUGGGACCUAAAAAAGGCAGAUUGGCAUAAAUAUAAAGAAUCCAUAAAUCACUCUCUUACACAAAUAGAAUUAGACCAAGAACUUAAUCCAGACAACACAGACGAAACAAUUGACACAUUUUUACCAAUUAUAAACUCAGCAAUAGUAGCUGCCACCGGAAAUUCCAAAACUAAAACUACUAGAAAACGAUUUACACCAUGGUGGGAUGAUGACGGUAAAACCGCUCUCCAAAAAAAUCAUCAUGCAUUUAAUAGAGUCAAGAAACAGCCCACCACUGAAAACUUAAUCAAUUUCAAAAAGUUUCGUGCUAUAGCCCGCAAAACAAUUAAAGAAAGUAAAAAAAAAUCCUGGGAAACAUUUACAUCUACCAUAACAAGCCAAACACAUCCAAAAGAGGUAUGGAAUAAAAUUAAAAAAAUUAAUGGGAACUACACAUCUCCAAUAAUCCCAUUCCUUGAAAUAAAUAAUGAAACUUUUGCAACAGAUCCAAAAGACAUAACGGAUACCCUCGCUAAAAAGUUCCAACUAAACUCAAGCAAUACCAAUUACCACCCAGCGUUCCUUGAAAACAAGAGAAAUGCCAUAGUCGUGCCGAUAUUAAAACCCAACAAGAAUAAACAUAAACCAGAGAGCUAUCGACCGUUAGCCUUAACAAAUACAAUGUGCAAACUAUUAGAAAAAAUAAUCAAUAGAAGACUUAGAUGGUACCUAGAAUACAACAACAUACUGACACCAAACCAAUACGGUUUUCGCCAAUAUCGUUCGACCUCUGACAUCCUGAUCAACUUAGAAACCAGCAUAUGCGAAGCCUUCAUUAAAAAUGAACACCUUAUAGCAACAUGCUUCGAUAUUGAAAAAGCUUAUGACAUGAUAUGGAAACCACCCUUUAUACGCAACUUUCUCACAAAUAGAACAAUUCAAGUUAGAGUCAAUGGAACGAUCUCAAAUAUAACUAAAAUCGAGAAUGGAGUACCCCAAGGAUCAGUGCUAAGUGUGACACUAUUUUUAAUAGGAAUCAAUGACAUCACUAAUGCCUUAAAGACCCCGGUCAAAGCACAUCUAUUUGCAGAUGACCUUGUAAUAACAUGCAGCGGGAAGAAUACAACUACAAGUAGAGAACUAAUAUAA